AUGUCAGAGCUUCUAACACAUCCAAAAGUCAUGAAGAAGUUGCAGAAUGAGGUGAGGGAAAUAGUCGGAAAUAAAGCCGACGUAACAGAAGAUGAUCUGGUGGGUAUGCACUACUUGAGAGCAGUAAUCAAGGAGACUCUUCGUUUACAUCCACCGGUUCCCCUGUUACUGCCCAGGAUGGCGACCCAAGAUGUGAAUGUGAAUGGUUACAGCGUUAAGGCCAACACUCAAGUUCUGGUGAAUGCAUGGCAAAUUGGAAGAGAUCCCAAGUCGUACAGUAAACCAGAGAAGUAUGAGCCAGAGAGGUUCUUGAAUAGUGAGAUAGAUUUCAAAGGGACUGAAUUUGAACUCAUUCCAUUUGGUGCCGGUAGACGAGGCUGCCCAGGCAUUCCAUUUGGUAUGGUUGUUACUGAGAUAGCUCUGGCAAGUAUAGUACACAACUUUACUUGGUCAUUGCCUGGUGAUGAAAAAUUGGAGGACUUAGACAUGACUGAGUCCACGUACUGGUGCAGUCGUACAUAG